AGGAAGAAGAAGAGAAAAAAAAAAACGAAACACACCAAUCCAGAUCUGCACUCACACAGGGUGCUCGCUCGCUCGCUCGUAACUCCGGGAUCAAAAAAAAAAAUGGCGGCAGCGACGAGACAACUACGCACACUCCAAUCCCACGCGGAAAACAAAAUCUGCGUCGACUGCUCCCAAAAGAACCCCCAAUGGGCCUCCGUCUCAUACGGAAUCUUCAUGUGCCUAGAGUGCUCGGGUAAGCACCGCGGCCUCGGCGUCCACAUCUCCUUCGUGAGAUCCGUGACCAUGGACUCCUGGUCCGAGAUCCAGAUCAAGAAAAUGGAGUCCGGAGGCAACGAUCGGCUCAACAGCUUUUUAUCGCAGUACGGAAUCGCCAAGGAGACGGAUAUCGUCGUUAAGUACAAUUCGAACGCUGCUUCGGUGUAUCGCGAUCGGAUCGCGGCGUUGGCGGAAGGUAGGUCGUGGAGUGAUCCGCCGGUUGUGAAGGAAGGGGGGAGUGAGAAGAAGCCUCCGUUGGGUCAGGGAGGGUGGGAUGCUUGGGGAGGGGAUGAUGAUUCGGUUAGAUCUGAUAUGAGGAGGAAUCAAUCGGAGAAUGAUUUUAGGGGGGGAGGAGGAGGAGGUGGGGGUGUGAGGGGGAAGACGAAGUCGUUGGAGGAAGUUUAUACGAGGUCGCAGCUUGAGGCUUCUGCUGCGGGGAAGGAGGGUUUUUUUGCGAGGAGGAUGGCGGAGAAUGAAUCUAAGCCUGAGGGGCUUCCUCCUUCCCAGGGAGGCAAGUAUGUUGGGUUUGGAUCGGGUUCUUCGGGUCCUGUAGCGCCGAGAAGUAAUCAGCAGGAUGAUGUUUUCUCGGUUGUUUCUCAGGGCUUUGGAAGAUUGUCUAUGGUUGCUGCAUCUGCGGCUCAGUCAGCUGCAAGUGUUGUUCAGACAGGAACCCAAGACUUCACUUCCAUGGUGAAGGAAGGUGGGUACGAUCACAAGGUCACUGAAACUGUAAAUGUAGUAGCGACUAAGACAACAGAGAUAGGACAUAAAACAUGGGGGAUCAUGAAAGGAGUAAUGGCAAUUGCCACACAGAAGGUGGGAGAGUACACUAAAGAAGGAACAACAAGCUGGAAUCAGAACAGUGAAAGUGAGAGCAAUGGUUACUACCAGAACUAUGGAAGUGGAAACAAAGCAGCAAAUCCAUCUGCUGGAGGAGGAGUGUCACAGUCAUCAUCAACUGGUCAUUUCAACAAUUCUCAGAAUUCAAAUUCUUGGGACGAUUGGGGAGAGAAUGAAAGCACAAAGAAAGAAGCAGUAGCUCCAAAGGGGUCAUCUGCUUCUAACGAUGACGGUGGCUGGACUGGUUGGGAUGAUGAGUUUGACGGUCAUUACCAAAGUGCCGGGGACAAGAAAUCUGUUGGUCACAAUGGGAAACCAGACAACGCUUGGACUGGUGGAGGUUUUCUCUAA